CUGACUGUCAUGCCGAUCCACAAAACACAGCCGAGCGCUGAAUUCGGCCGUCAAGUGAGUUUCCGGUUUCCAAGUCUGCCUUUUCUAUUGGGUUGUCAGAAAACGUGGAUUUACCUUAUAGUUUUCCUCAAAAUCCGCAAUGACCAUCCGGCCAGCCUACAGACCCAAGAUCGUGAAGAAGCGCACGAAGCGCUUCAUUCGCCACCAAUCUGACCGAUAUGCCAAGCUAAAGCAAAAAUGGAGAAAGCCCAAGGGUAUCGACAAUCGCGUGCGUCGUCGCUUCAAGGGUCAGUUCCUGAUGCCCAACAUCGGCUACGGCUCCAAUAGCAAGACCCGCCACAUGCUGCCCACGGGCUUCAAGAAGUUCCUGGUGCACAAUCUGCGCGAGCUGGAGGUGUUGAUGAUGCAGAACCGCGUGUACUGCGCCGAAAUCGCCCACGGAGUGUCGUCCAAGAAGCGCCGGGACAUCGUCGAGAGGGCCAAGCAGCUCUCCAUCCGCGUGACCAAUCCCAAUGGCAGGAUCCGAUCGCAGGAGAACGAGUAAACUGUCCUCCGGAAGGAAACUCGCGUCAAAUAAAUGGAUGAAUAAAG